AUGGUGGUUAAAAGAACCCAACCUUUCAUUUGGAGGAGUCUUCAACAACACAAUUCCAGCAGUGACGAGACUAAUUGUAGGAACUCAGUGCAAGGAAAGGUGUUAUUAGUAGACGAUCGCGGUUACGUGUGCCCCAGGAAUGAAGUUCUCCAAAACGGGUGCUGCAAUGAACAGUCGUCAGGUGUAGUGCAAUAUUUAUGUGAAACAUGCAAACCCAACAAUUGUUGUACAAUUUACGAACACUGCAUUUCUUGUUGUUUACAACCUGACAAGAAAGAAGUGCUGGAAAAUGUUUUAGGUAAAGCCUCGGAGCAAAAUAGUGUUUUGUUUGCUUCUGUUGCAGAUCAUUUUGAGCUAUGUUUAGCUAAAUGUCGUACAAAUUCACAGAGUGUACAACAUGAGAAUUCUUAUAGAGAUCCUAAGGCUAAGCACUGCUUUGGUGAAGUUGCCCCUGUGAAUGUAGAUAAUGAAGUAUGA